CCGGCGCAUCACUCCGCGCCCUGCCGCCGACAUCGUAGCCCGUUCAUACUUCUCGUCUAUUAUUAAUUUAGUAAUAAUGUACAAAUUGGUACUCAUCUGUGCUUUGUGCUUGGUGAUUAUUGGUAAUGAGGCGCGUCCGAGAUGGCAGUUCUUACCGCCAGUGCCUGGCUACGUGCCCGUCUACAUCAGAUCUGGAGACACGCCGCUUGAGGAGAUCAAUCCAGAACUAGCUGAAGCCUUCCACGCGUUACCAGCUGGCAGGAGCGCUGGCAAACUGGUGGAUGCAGCACCGGAGAUACCUGAAGCAAACCAAUCUCAGCCUGACCUGGUAUUGGAACCAGAAGAAAACUACGAAAAGAAGUUUCUAGAGAAGAAAAAGAAAGCCACUGAAGUUGUUAAACCUAUCGAACGCAGAUAGACGUACUUAAAUCAUUUCUACAUACAUUUUUUUUAAAACAACAAAGUACACUGUGUUAUAUUGUUGUAAGAAAAGUUAAUUUGAUAAAAUAAUUCGCUAUUACAGCACCCUUGACAACACUGUGUAUUUCAAACUAUUUGAAUUACGUAACUUAAAAAAAAUACUAUUCUGGUGUUAAUAACUUAAUAUUCUAAUUAAUAACUUAGAAUACCUUAAAUGGUUUCUUUGAAGUAGCCUUUUAAAAAGAAUGCUUGCCAUCUGCUUUAUGGUUAUUUAAUUAUUUAUAGUGACUAGUUUUAGGUAGUUUAGGCAAACACAAACUUGUGAAAACUUUAUUUUAAUUAAACUUAUUAAAUAAAAA